AUGCCCUUGAUUGAAGGUUAUACAAAUUGUUUAGUGAGAGCAAUCGUGGAAGGAAACAAACGUUUGGAAAUAGAAUCCUUGAAGAGCCUGGGAGAUGUGUACCUAGAGAAGGGAAGGGUUGGUAAGGACGAGACAGCGUUCAGUAAAUCAGCUGGUCUGUACCGAGCGGCGCUGGACCGCUGUGAAGAUUCAGACGGCAGAGAAACGCUAAGACACCGCAUCAAGUACGCAGAGAAAGUCAAGGAAAAACAACGCAAGGUAAGUUUUCAUCUUCAUAUUAUCUUUUUUACAAAGAAACGCCGAGAAACGGGGCGGACCAGAAACAAGAAAGUUGGAAACAGCAGCAAAGAGAAACAGGAAGUCACAGACAGUACGUACCAAGACCAGCUACAGGAGGGCUGCAGGACCCUGAAGACAGGGAACCUGGACACGGCAGAACGACACUUUGCAGCUGCGCUCAAGGCCGUUCAUGUGAAAGGUCAGCACUGGAAAGAGACAGAGCCCCUUUGCAAAUUGAGCGAUGUCUACCUGAAGAGAGGAGAGCAGUCAAAAGACGGAGGUGAUUUCACCAAGGCUGCAGCACUCAGUAACGCAGCACUAGUGAGAUCAAAGAAAGAGGACAGAGAGGGCAUCAAACAAACAAUCCAGGAAAUAACACAAUCAUUUGUUAAGCACGUCCUGAGCAUCGAACAAACGGUACCCAUCGAUGACGUAGAGAAACACAAAUCGGUGUUAACAGAAUGCCGUAGCUAUGUUGAACAAGAGAUCAAAAGAAUUGAGCAGCAGAUAGAUCCUUAUAGCCUAGAUGACGACGACCCAGAGAUCAUGGAAGUAGAAAAGAAGAGAGUGGAAGCUAACAAAGCCUUGUUUGACACUAUUGUUCAUCAGCGAAGAACAUUCAUAUCUGGCCUUGUAGAUGAGUGUAUGGAGGUUAUGGGCUCCCCUCCCUCCUGGAGUGACCUUGGUGAUUACAGAAAGGCCGUCAGCAAUUAUGAACAGGCACUAGAUAUGAGUCGGAGUAUCUAUGGUGAGGGCAACGCACAUCCUGACAUCGCCUCGUCACUUAACAACUUGGGCAAUGCCUGGAGUGACCUCGGUGAUUACAGAAAGGCCGUCAGCUAUUAUGAACAGGCACUAGAGAUGAAGCGGAGUACCUAUGGUGAGGGCAACGCACAUCCUGACAUCGCCUUGUCACUUAACAAUUUUGGUGCCAUCUGGAGUCUCAUUGGUGAUUACAGAAAGGCCCUCAGCUAUCAUGAACAGGCACUAGAGAUGUGGCGGAGUAUCUAUGGUGAGGGCAACGCACAUCCUGACAUCGCCGGGGCACUUAACAACUUGGGUGCCGCCUGGAGUAGUCUUGGUGAUCACAGAAAGGCCGUCAGCUAUUAUGAACAGGCACUAGAUAUGUGGCGGAGUACUCAUGCCUGGGGUAACCUUGGUGAUCACAGGAAAGCCGUCAGCUAUUUUGAAAAGGCACUAGAGAUGAGGCGGAGUAUCAACGGUGAGGGCAACGCACAUCCUGAUAUCGCCUCGUCAUUUAACAACUUGGGUGCCGCCUGGAGUGACCUUGGUGAUCACAGAAAGGCCGUCAGUUAUCAUGAACAGGCACUAGAGAUGAGGCGGAGUAUCUAUGGUGAGGGCAACGCACAUCCUGAUAUCGCCUCGUCACUUGACAGCUUGGGUGCCGGCUGGAGUGACCUAAGUGAUCACAGAAAGGCCGUCAGUUAUCAUGAACAGGCACUAGAGAUGUGGCGGAGUAUCUAUGGUGAGGGCAACGCACAUCCUGACAUCGCCGGGGCACUUAACAACUUGGGUGCCGCCUGGAGUAGUCUUGGUGAUCACAGAAAGGCUGUCAGCUAUUAUGAACAGGCACUAGAGAUGUGGCGGAGUAUCUAUGGUGAGGGCAACGCACAUCCUGACAUCGCCGGGACACUUAACAACUUGGGUGCCGCCUGGAGUAGUCUUGGUGAUCACAGAAAGGCCGUCAGCUAUUAUGAACAGGCACUAGAGAUGUGGCGGAGUACCCAUGGUGAGGGCAACGCACAUCUUGAUAUCGCCGUGUCACUUGAUAACUUGGGAAAAGGCUGGGGUAACCUUGGUGAUCACAGGAAAGCCGUCAGCUAUUUUGAAAAGGCACUAGAGAUGAGACGGAGUUUCUAUGGUGAGGGCAACGUACAUCCAGACGUCGCAACAUCACUUCACAAUCUGUAUGUUACCUGUAGGUUCCUUGGUGAUCACAGAAAGGCCGCCUCUUAUUAUGCUCAGUUAUGAAACAGAUGAUUGAAGAGACUUAUAGACGCUGACAUUGCCACUCUCAUGGUUAACUUUUUAUGUCCCAUAAAUUGUUCAAUAGCUAC